AUGCACCCAAUAAUCCUUGAAAUCUCCGCUGGUUCAGAUAUUAUUGAAACAGUUUCUCAGUUUUCUGUUAAACACCAUGUUUGUCUUUCUAUACUAAGUGGUUCUGGUUCUGUAGCUAAUGUGAUUCUUCGUCAUUCUACUUCUACUCAUCAUAAUGCUACUGUUUCUAUACCUGGUUGUUUUGAGAUUCUCUCCUUGUCCGGUAGUUUUAUCUAUCCUCCGGCAUCAACUAAGCCUUCGUCAUCACCGCCUUUUAGUAUUUCUCUUGCAGGAGGACAAGGUCAAGUUAUAGGAGUUGUUGGAGGUAUUAUUGCUGGUCCACUUAUUGCUGCCUCCUCUGUUUUCUUAAUGGCUGCUUCUUUUGUGAACCCAGCUUUUUUUAGGCUUCCAUCAUGUCAGAAUAAUGAAGAUCAUGAUCAUCAAGAUGAGGAGGAGAUCAAUGUUAAACCUAAGAUUGAUCCUAAUACUGGUGCAGUUUUGAGUGGUAAUGGUGGUGAUGAAACUAUUUACAGUGGUUCAACAACUCAUCAUCUUCCUA